UGCCAUCAUCGAACUAUUAUUUCUAUUCCAUAACAGGCUCUAAAAACAUCUGGAUAGAAGAAGGUUUGCUAGAGCUAAAUGUACAUGUUUUCAUACUGCUGGCACUCAAGGAUGUUGAUCAAGAUAGUUCUUUUUACCUUCUUGUAUGGUUAAUCAUCUAUGCCUUUUAAAUCGAAGAUUUUGUCAAACAUUUUCUAUCAAAUGAAAUAGAGUAGUCGUGAAACAAUGUCCUCCCUGUGGUAGCAUCAGAACUCCAUAUUUUGGAGAUAUGUUAGUACCCAUACUCGCCUCUUAUUGCAAGUAAUUUGGGUCUAGAGUAUAUCUUGAUCUGUUACACACUGCUUCAUGGCUGCUGGUGUUUUCCUCUAUGGUUUGCAUUUAGGGUAUGCGUCGGAUUAAUGUUCAGAAUCAUGUGAAGAUAUGAUAUGUAUCAGCUUGUUAAGAACUUUUUUACAGAUUACUUUUGCUCUACGUAUCUGUAUUGUUUGUGAUCCAUCUCAAGGUAGAUAGAGCAAUAAUGUGGAAUCACCAUUAACCAUUGCCAUAUUUUUCUUUCAGCCAUCUUCAUCAAAGAGAAUGGAAGGGGGAAAGGAUAAGCAUGACGAAUCUGAUAAAGGAUUGUUUUCGAACUUAGCGCAUGGACUUAUUGGAGGACAUGGAAACCAUGGGGGAUAUCCUCCACCACCCGGGGCAUACCCACCUCCUGGAGCAUACGCUCCACACGGAUAUCCUCCCGCACCCGGCGCAUACCCACCUCCUGGGGCAUAUGCACCACAUGGAUAUCCUCCCACGUCCAGCACAUAUCCUCCGCAUGGCUAUCCUCAUCAGGGAUAUCCACCUCAUGGUUAUCCACCUUCGGGAUAUCUACCUACCGCUUACCCUGGUCCAUCGGCUCCGUCGCAUCAUGGACAUGGAUCUAAAAUGGGAGCGUUGCUGGCAGGGGGAGCUGCUGCUGCUGCAGCAGCUUACGGUGCUUACCAAUUGACGCACGGCCAUCAUCAGACGGGACAUGGAAUGCCCCACUUUGGCCACCAUGGCAAGUUCAAGCAUGGGAUGUUCGGUGGGAAACACGGUAGAUUUGGUGGCAAGUUCAAGAAGUGGAAGUGAUCCACAAUUGCUCGACUCCAUCAGCCUUAUCCAUAAAUCCAUACGGUUUUUAUUUUCUUGUUUCUAAGUUCUAUCUUAUCUGCAUCGGUCUCAUUUUUGAUAUGACUGUGUUCAGGCUGUGUUAUCGACCUUAGUACAUUUUAUUCAUAGAUAUUUUUCUUGCACCUGCCAGUGGCAUCCGUGCCCAAUGAUGCCGUUCAGUGUUGAAGAGUAUACUUCUAUUGCCUCCUUACGCCUUGCAAAUUCAUGCUCAAUUAUGAGCUAAAUUUUGAUUUGGCUCGACCAACAUGGACAUAUUUGUUAGUUGUACAAUAAGCUCUCAGCCACUCACUUGUUUCAGAUAUUAGCUAAAACAAAAAUUACUUGAAAAUAUGAGAUCCGAGCCUAAGAUCUUACAAUGAUGUAUCAGAUUCACUUAUCAAUCGAGGUUUAAAAUUUCGUCUUUACACUUUAAAUAAUGAUCUAAUGGUGAUAUAUCAAACCUUACGUCUAAAACAUCCUCAUCCAAUAUAUUUUUGAUCUGAUGAUGGCAUACUGAAUCCAAUAUAUCUUUAUACCUAAAAUAUUGAUUGGAUAGUGGUGUAUCAAAUCUACUUAAAAGUUGAGAAUUCGAAAUAUCAUCAAAUUUAUUUAGAUGAUUUGUCAAUGUUGAUUGUCUUCAAAAUCGGACUCUUAGGAGACACCCGAUAAAAGAUCUACAUGAACCCAUGCAAGAAUGAAAACUAAAAAUAAAAAGAGUUGCAUCAAAGGUUUCACACACGACAUAUGUUUCAAAAGCUUCAAUAAGGA